AUGGGUUAUUGCAAUUGUAAACAUUUUUGUAAGGCUGGUUUUCAGGUCGUUGGUGGCAGCAAAUACCAGCAACUACUAGCGGUUAUUGAAGAACUUGGUAAAGAUAUUCGGCCAACCUACACCGGUAACAAGAUUUGCGCGGAACGCCUGAAGAGAUCAAUCGCCCAUUCGCGGAUUCUCGUAAGGUGGGGCGCACUCAUAUCCUUGGACUUACCACAAAACCCUGCAUUCGUGCUUUCUACUCAGUUCAAUGUACUCGUUUCCACUUAUCAGUUAGAAGGAGCUUGCUCACGAAUUGGUUCCAUAUACAUUCUUUCGCACGACCUUGAUAUUAUUCGCUGUAUCGUCGCUCCUGCUGGGGUGUUCCGCUUCGAACUUCUGGACUCCGACGUCGUCAUCGCUGCUGUCACCGAUGGUUCGCUGUUUAUCACGACAUUCAACGGUUAG